AUGCUCGUUCCGCGUGCAUCCCUCGAUCUGGCGCUGCCACUCGUCAAGAAGCUUCCCGAAUGUGCCGACUUCAGCAAAACGGUGCAGCCAUACCUGCCCCAGCUCUACGACUUGCCGUACAGGAUCAUUGAGAGCAUCAACGACCGCCAGGCCCUGCAGCACCUCUAUGUCUCGACGAACCCUCUCAUGUCUAGCCUGGCCUUUGCGCUGUUCCUGUCGCCCAUUGUCUUCGUGGUAUCCGAGAUCAACCGCAACUACUCGCAGGUCGAUCGUCUAUGGAGCCUUCUGCCCGCCAUCUACAACAUUCACUAUGAUGUUUGGGCGCAUAUGAACGGCUUGCCCACCGCGAGAAUCGAUCAUGUCAUGGCCCUGUCGGUCAUCUGGAGCGCGCGGUUGACGUUCAACUACUGGCGGAAAGGCGGCUACCAAGUGGGAAGCGAGGACUACAGGUGGAACGUCGUCAAGGACUACGUUGGCCCGGCCCCAAUGUUCAUCUUCAACAUUGUCUUCAUUUCGCUGGCCCAGAAUAUACUACUUUGGAUCAUCACGACGCCGACCUACGUCCUGCUCCUCACGUCGCGCAUCACUGGAAACACUUUCUCAGGCUACGACUCCGCAUUCAGCAAGGGCAUGUUCGUGCUUGUAGUCAUCGAGUUCUUCGCCGAUCAACAGCAAUGGAUCUUCCACAAGGCCAAAGGCGCCUACAGCAAGACCGCCAAGGUCCCUAGCGAAUACAAGUUCACACGCGAGCAACUCGACCGUGGCUUCAACACCAGCGGCCUAUGGGCAUGGUCACGCCAUCCCAACUUCGCUGCCGAGCAAGCUUUCUGGGUGUCGCUGUAUCAGUGGGCCUGUUUGGAGAGCUACACAUUCACAAACUGGACGUUUGCUGGCGCCUUCUCUUACUUGAUCCUCUUUCAGUCCAGCACCUGGCUUACUGAGUUGCUGAGUUCAGGCAAGUACCCAGAGUACAAGGUCUACCAGGAGCGUGUCGGCAAGUUCUUGCCCAAGCUGCUCACACAGACCAUGGAGGCCCCCAAAUCCGAGAAAGAGGCAGCAAAGGUCAAGGAGGCGAAGGCGAAGGCUUUGAAAGGUAAGAAGCUCUAA